AUGAGGUGGGAAAAGGUGAAGGGACUAGGAGGAGAUGGACCAGGGAAGAGGUGGGGCCACACGUGUAACACCAUUAGAGAUGGCAGACUUCUUUAUCUUUUCGGUGGUUACGGCAAAAAUAACUGUCUGACCAACCAAGUUCACGUCUUCGACACUUUUAGGCAGAGUUGGAGUGAACCAGCAGUUAAAGGGUCCCCACCUAUUCCUAGGGAUAGUCAUAGUUGCUCGGUUGUUGGUGAUGGUCUUUUUGUGUUUGGGGGUACAGAUGGGACCAGGCAACUGAAUGAUUUGCACAUUCUAGACAUUUCUUCACAUACAUGGAUUGUUCCGACUGUGAGAGGGGAAGCACCACCGGCGCGAGAGGGCCAUGGUGCUGCAGUUAUUGGCAAAAGACUAUUUGUGUUUGGCGGUUGUGGGACAUCUGCAGAUAAUAAUGACGUGUUCUACAAUGACCUUUACAUAUUGAAUACAGAAACGUAUGUAUGGAUGUGUGCUACAACAUCAGGCACUCCACCAUCUCCUCGAGAUAGCCACACUUGUUCAUCUUGGAGAAACAAACUUAUUGUGGUAGCUGGUGAAGAUGAACAUGACUAUUAUCUGUCUGAUGUUCAUGUCCUAGAUACUGAUACUCUAACCUGGAGCAAACUGCGUACGUUUGGCCAAUUAUUGCCACCUCGAGCUGGUCAUUGUACAGUUUCUUUGGGCCAAACAUUGUUUGUUUUUGGGGGCUUUUCGGAAUCUCAAAGCCUAUACAACGACCUUUAUAUGCUUGACAUUGAGACUGGUGCGUGUUCGAAGGUGGUAACUACAACUAAUGGUCCUUGUGCUAGAUUUGCCGUAGCUGGUGACUGUUUAGACCCAUAUAUGAAUGGUGUUCUUGUGUUUUUGGGAGGUUGUAAUAGAAAUCUGGAGGCACUGGAUGAUAUGUAUUACCUAUACACAGGGAUUGCAUGGGAAAGAGAAAAUAGACCUGAGAAGUUAUCCUUAAGGAAGCAAUUAAAGCUGAAAUGUCAAGGACAGAAUCUCAGUCUUGUCCAAAACCCAGUUCUGUGUGGAUAUGAAGUGGGUGCUGACAGUAAACAUCCCAUGACAAUCUUGAACUACAACCAACCAAGUAAAGUAGAUAUCCCAGGAAGGAAACCCGUGCCUCUUGGAAAGAGAACGUUUGUAGCCAAAGUUACUGAAAAAAGCUCUACAGGAUAUACUAUUGAAACUGUUAUUGAUGGAAAGCCUCUUCACGGAAUUCUGUUUUCAAACAAGCCAAACAUUCUUAGUCCAGUUUCUAAUACUUCCAGUAGGAAAAGGACUGCUGGUGACGUUGGAACUCUUGCUUCAAAUGGUAUACAUAUACACUCAAGCAAUGUAACAACUUCUACAGUUCUCGGGCAAGAUAAAAUGGAAUAUCAACAGGAAUUAUGGGGAGGGAGUUCAGAAUUUGUUGGACGCCGUAAGGAAGCAGAUAAUACUAAUGUUGUAUCAAGUAUCCCAACAACCGCUGCUGAGUCCUUUAAGGUUUCUGUCAACCCAGAACCAGAAGCUGUUUCUUUGAAUCAAAAUGCUGAUGAGAAAAAUGACACACCAAAAUCCUUAAUUGAUAGCUUGAAACAUGAUGGAUCCAAUGAUGUGACAAGUUCCAAAGGUGAAAUUCAAAUUGGUGAUCAAAUAAAUGCGCCAGUUUCCAACUAUGAAAUUCCAAGACAAGCGAGUGAUGCACCAAACUCUAAUGCUACUUUCCUGAAACCUGCAGCAGCCGAGAGUUCUGUUUCUCUGCCAAAUCAAGGUGAAACAGUGGAUUGUACAACUCCAAUGACAGAAGGACACAGUUAA